AUGAUCUCUCGUGCCUGUUUAGUCCUUGUCCUGGUGUCCUCGGCGUCCCUCCUGGUGGUUGCCGACGAGUCCUACGGAGCGCCCAUCCCCAUCCUGAAGGACGACCGGACGCAGGACGCCUACGGCGGCUACUCCUUCGACUUCGAGUCCGGCAACGGCAUCGUCCGGAAGGAGUCCGGGAAGGAGAGCGACGGACAGGCGAAGGAGGGAGGCUGGAGGUACACCUCCCCCGAGGGCGUCCCCGUCGAGAUCGUCUUCGUGGCCGACCAAGGGGGGUACCGGCCCCAGGGGGCGGUCCUCCCCGUGGCCCCCCCUCUUCCCUACCAGAGAUCCGGCAAUUAA